CGCGUCUUCAGAAGGCUACAAUUGUUACACAGUGUGGGUGGAGAUGCAGAGUUGCUAGAAGAGAGCUCAGAAAUCUGAAAAUGGCUGCUAGAGAGACAGGAGCUCUUAAGGAAGCAAAGGAUAAGUUGGAAAAGCGUGUUGAGGAACUCACUUGGCGCCUGCAAUUGGAAAAACGACUAAGGACCGAUCUGGAGGAGUCUAAAACCCAAGAAGUUGCCAAGCUUCAAAAAGCAUUGAAUGCUAUGCAAUCACAAGUAGAAGAGGCCAAGGCUUUAGUUGUUAAGGAACGGGAGGCAGCACAAAAAGCUAUUCGAGAAGCACCUCCAGCUAUUAAGGAAACUCCUGUUGUAGUUGAAGACACAGAGAAAGUUCGCUCUUUUACUGCUAGAGUUGAAAUGUUGGAGGGUUUACUGAACUCUCAAAGACAAGCAGCAGAAGAGGCCAAACAAGCUUGUGUUGUUGCUGAGUCUCAGAAGGAGCAGCUUAGUAAGAAGCUUGAAGACUCAGAAAAGAAGGUGGAUCAACUUCAAGAUUCAGUUCAGAGUCUUGAAGAGAAGGUAUCCAACUUAGAAUCAGAGAAUCAAGUUCUCCGUCAACAAGCACUUGCUAUAUCACCAACUGCAAAAGCCUUAGCCCUUAGACCAAAGACAACAAUUAUACAGGACCCAAUGCUGGCUUUGCCUAGUACAACGGAGUCUGAAAACGAGGACAAACCCCAGAGAUCUCUAAAUGAAAAGCAGCAGGCCCAGGAUAACAAUGAUGUAUUGUCGUAUUGGCUAUCCAAUUCCACAACCCUCUUGUUGCUGCUUCAACGGACACUAAAAGCAACCGGUGCUGCUAGCUUAACACCACAACGCCGAAGAUCAACAUCCUCUUCUCUGUUUGGGAGGGUAUCCCAGGGGUUCCGUGGUUCUCCACAAAGUGCUGGCUUCUCAUUCCUAAAUGGCAGGGUGCUCGGUGGUCUGGAAGAGUUGCGUCAAGUUGAAGCUAAGUAUCCUGCUUUGCUUUUCAAGCAGCAGUUGACGGCUUUCCUGGAAAAGAUAUAUGGAAUGAUAAGGGACAAUUUGAAGAAAGAGAUCUCGCCCUUGAUAGGGUUGUGCAUCCAGGCACCACGUACAUCACGAGCUGGUUUAGCCAAGGGACGAUCCCAGGCGAAUGCUAUGGCUCAACAAACACUUAUUGCUCAUUGGCAGAGCAUAGGGAGAUCCUUGGACAGUUGCUUGAAAACAAUGAGAGCCAACUACGUGAGUGGAAAUUCUUACUACGCGAAUGAAGAUCAAUUUCCUCUUUUCCUUUUUAUGCGGCAUGAACUCUUCAAUGUUGUGUUCCCACAGAGUUUGACUUUCUCCAGCCUUCUUUUGCGUCGAGAAUGCUGCUCAUUCAGUAAUGGGGAGUAUGUAAAGACAGGGUUGGCUGAACUGGAGCAGUGGUGCCAUGAUGCAACUGAGGAGGUCAUACAUCAGAAGCCAAAGAAAGCGUUGAAGGAAAUUACAACCGAUCUUUGCCCUGUUCUCAGCAUACAACAACUGUACAGAAUCAGUACCAUGUACUGGGAUGACAAAUACGGGACACAUAGUGUUUCAUCAGAGGUCAUCUCUAACAUGAGAGUCAUGAUGACCGAGGACACGAAUAACGCUGUCAGCAGCUCGUUCUUGUUGGAUGACGAUUCAAGUAUACCAUUCACAGUAGACGACAUUUCCAAGUCAAUGGAGCAUGUCGAUGUUGCUGAGAUUGAACCGCCACCUCUAAUUCGUGAGAACUCAGGCUUCUCCUUCUUACAACGCACAGACUGAUCUUUCGUCCUCUGCAGCCCUGUGAAUAUCUUGUUCUAUUGAAGCUCCCCAUUUAUGUAAUUAUUAGCAUUGCGCAUAGUUUGAAACAGUAGGGAAGGCAGUUCUGAUCUAGGGCAAAAAAACUGGGGGAAAAAACCACAAAGGAAAACAAAAGAAGAAAAGUAUAUGCAGAGGUCAAAGCACUUUCUCACUGGGAUCAUGUUCAAAGCAUGGCGAUGCAGUGCUACUUGAUUCAUUUUUCAUUAGUCUGGAAACGAUGAUGUGUAGUGUAGAAAUUAGCUGCCAAUGGUUCUUUUUAAUCUCUUCAUUGGCUGCUAUGUAACUUCUUGUAAUGUCUGAACUUUUGUCCAAAAGACCAACAAUCCCAUUGUUAGUUAAUGAAGUGGAG